ACCUCAAAUUGAUUUUCAAUGCUGAAACUUUCUUUUCACAACUUACACAUGCUUUAAUUUUAUUAAAUUUGAUUCUUAACGUGUUAAAUAGCUUUAUAUGAAGCUCUGUACUGUGCGUUUCGAAGUGAAUAAAACGCAGAUGUGAUUACAAUGCAAAGUGUAUUCGCGGUUAAAUUGUUCUCGUACAGAGCUCAUCUGGUCUCAUCGUCGAUCCUCACGUCGUUCCGCAGCAAACACGUGCACCCGAAACACGUGUUAAAGAUGAACGAGGCUUUCCUCCGCUACGAGAAAGGUAGCGAGGUGUUCGACAUUUCAUUCCGCUACGUGGACGAGACGAUGAAAGUCGACCGUCAAUUCAACUUCUCCAGGCAGAUCGCAGAGAGCGUGAACAACUUCCUCAAGAGGAUCGACACAAAUGUUUGCAAGAUCAUAAAUAAAAAGAUGGAGAGGAAAAGAAAAAAAGAUCAUAAUUUAGAUACAUGUUCUCUGCCAAGUGAUAACGUGGAUACUGGGAAAAUCAAGCUUCUUAAGGAUGAUAUCAAAGUGGAUGGCAACGUGUUGUGCGAGAGCCUUCUACAGGAUAAUGCAGAACUUAAGCUAGUUAUAUUCGAGAAAACGUUUUUAGUGAAACAUAAUGCACCUUAUAUCAUCAAUAUUUCGUUACCAUCAAGUAUACUAGUGGGUUUUCCAACUUACCCAUCUAAAUUUGAAUCAUUGUACACUGACAAGAAACGGUCGAUAUUUAACUGGUACAAAAACGAUGCUAUUAACAACAAGCCAAAUUUAUGGACUCACAUAGGAAAUGGAUAUCUGUAUAUACCAAACAUAUCUGACAUUGGUUGCAACUUGAAGAUUAACUGCGAACCGCGAAAUGAGUCGGAUUCUGGUUAUAACAUGGAAGUAGAGUCGAAGAGCGUCGUGGAGGCUGGUCCUGGGCCAUGUCCAUUUGACAUUCGACAUCAAUUUACGAAACAUAAAUUAUUGGGCAGAAGUUUUAGAAUAAUGUCCUACAAUAUACUAGCAGAUACAUAUGCUGAUUCUGAUUUUUCGAAGGAUGUGUUGUAUCCAUAUUGUCCACAAUAUGCAUUAGAUAUGGACUAUAGAAAACAAUUAAUACUCAAAGAAAUAAUAGGUUUUAAUAGUGACAUAAUUUGUCUGCAAGAAGUAGACAGGAAAAUAUAUGAGUAUGACUUGUUGCCAUCUUUGUACAUGCUAAAUUACGAUGGCGUAUUUAUCACAAAGAAUGAAAUUAACGAAGGACUUGCCACAUUUUUCAAUCAAGAAAGAUUCGAGAAAUUAGGAUUUGAAUAUAGUGUAAUGGCUCAAAAUACCACUUUUCCAAGGUUCGCCGCUGUUUGGUCCAAAAUCAACAAUGAAAAGACAAAGGAGAGGUUUUUUGGUAGAAAUACAACAAUUCAGGUAACGACAUUGCGAUCUAAAGAGAACCGAUCUGAAAUCUUGGUCAUCGGUAAUACGCAUUUAUACUUUAAACCCGAUGCAGAUCACAUACGUUUGUUGCAAGGAUAUUACGCGAUUACAUACGUGCAUGAAGUAGCGAAAAAAAUACGAGAAGAGAAUCCCGAAUAUAAUGUAAGCAUAAUACUUUGUGGAGACUUUAAUAGCGUGCCAGAAUGCGGCAUUUAUCAACUAAUGACUGAAAAUUACGUUCCGGAGACAUGUGUAGACUGGAGAAGUAAUGCCGAGGAAGCUGUAGAAAAUGUAUCCUUAAUGCAAGAUCUUUGCAUGUCUAGUGCCUGUGGCACGCCAGAGUAUACGAAUUACACGCCAGAGUUUUCUGGUUGUCUAGAUUAUAUAUUCUAUGAGAGAGAUAAAUUCGAAGUAGAGCAGAUAAUCCCGAUGCCUAGUAAGGAGGAGCUUACUCUUCAUACGGGUUUACCAUCUGUUGUGUUUCCAAGUGAUCACAUAUCCUUGUGCACAGAUUUAAAAUUAAAAGAAUAAUAAACGUACAUAUUGAAAUUAUUUAAAACAUAUGGCAUUGUCUAGAAUUAAUCCUCAUUUAUAUUAAAUAUAUAGUGAUUAAAACAGAUCACAGUUACAAAUAUAAUAUAAAAGAACUAUCAAAUUUAAAUCUUUAGCACUAUUAUUGAAACUUAUGUUUAUAAUCAUUACUUCAAGAUUUUGAUAUAUAAUUCUGAAUUAUUUAUACAUAUUUAUACGCAUUUACCCUUUUUUACGCUGACAUUUGAAAAUUAAGUUGACAGAUCAAGCUUGAGAUUUUCUGGAAAUCAAGUUUUAUCUCAAAAUGUUUUAUAUUUAAAUUUGUUAGUGAUGUCAAAGCUCUAGUUUUUCUUCAUUACAUAUUGAAAUAGGAUGUGAUAAAAGUAAGAUUCUUUUUUCAAUUUGUAAAUUAAUAAAUAAUAGUUGUGAAUCUUUUGAUCAAUUAGCACAAGGUCUAUUGGGACGAAAUGUAACUUUGUAUAGUAAUAGAUUAACUUUGUAUAAUAAUAGAUUCAUAAUCUAUUAUUGUCUUUAAAAUGGAAAUACGAAAAAAAUCUGUGCUGGAUAGCUAACAAAUUAAAGGCUAUUAUUAUACUGGCUAUAAAUUCUUUUUCUGAAAAAUAAAUAAAAUGCUUGAAAAUCCGCCUAAUAAAAUUUAGCUACUAUAUAACUUAUAAUACAUUCAACUUUAUUGAAUGGAUCCCAAAUAUUUUAUUUUAUUUUGUAUAUGUAUGUAUGUGUUUUGUAUUAGGAAUACGAUAAAACUCAAAAUUUCAUUUAUAAUCAUCAAAGUAUACAUUCAUUUUGUUAAUACGAAGGUACAGUAAAUUAACAUUACUUAUGUGUCUAUAACACUACUUAGAAUUAUAAUUUACAAAAACUUAUAUACAAAUUAAUUGUUUCUUUCUCGAUCAUAACGAUCAACAAGAAUCUUGAACUUUGUUAAACUACAAACUUCUUACAUCAAUACGCAAAAUAUUUUCAGUGAAUCUUUUAUUUUAUAAGAGCAAAAAAUUAAUUUUUUUGCAUUUUGUAAUCGACACUUUGGAAAGUCUACAUGUAACGCUUAGAAAUUUUCCAUACUUUAUGACUAUCUGAAUCCGAAACUACUUAUAGAAUGUUUGACAUAUAAAUAGAUCUGAGAUCUGAGAUAUUUUUAGAAAAGAAUGAAAAAUGUUAUGCUGCUUUUUCAUGAAUGCUACAUGAAAUAUUAUAUUAUACUUUACAAACUGCGAGAUUUUGAGAUCUAACAAUAAGAGAAUCUUCUCAUUAUUUAAUCAAAGAAAAAUCUAAAAAAAUAAAUUAUUUCAACUAAAAAAAAUGUCUAGUUCUGAUUUCCAUUGACGCAAUUGUUUAUGCAAAAUCUUGCAGCAUGUAAGCAAAUAUACAAACAUAAACAAGAAUGUUUUAUGCAAAAUAAAUCCUUACAAUUUAUUUUGUUCUUUAACCAAUUAUUUCGAGUCUACCAUACACACAAUAAUUUUAUUAACUUUUCAUUCUUUUUUAAUAUAAGAGUAAUAAAAAAAUUUUCAAACAAUUUUUUGGAGUCGCGACUCCAAAAACGAGAAUACUCCACUUGGUCUAUUAUUUUUGUUAUAACUUUGUACAUAAGUAUCUCUACAUAUAACUAAAAAUUCUACAAUUGCAUUUUACUGCUCAUAGAAAGAUUUUAUAUGAUAUAUAUUAUGUAUUUUAUUUCUGAUCACAAUAAUUUUUUAUUAAAAUGGUAAUCUAUUGCAAAAUCGCAUAUAUUAUUAAUGAAAAUAAAGAAAAUCUUAUCGUGUAUCAAUGCAAUAAUUAUCCGAAUUAAAGAUUUCUAUGUGUAAACAUUUUAUCACCAUACAUUUUUGUUCUUCAAUUUCAAUAUAAAUAUAACAAAUCCAAUGUAUACUUAACAUAAUUCUCGUUAGUAUAAAUCAUUGUUAUACCCAUUAUAAACAUAUCUUAAUCCUUUCAUUCUCAAUAGAAAUAUGUAUAUAUGACAAUGAAUAAUCACUAUAUACUAAUAAACUUUUUUUAAUUUCAAAGAAGUUGAAAUAAAAUAAAUCUAAUUAAAUGAGUUUUUUUUAUUUAAUAUUGCAGUCACAGAUGUAAUCUAGGGAGGAUAUACCCUAAAAAGCAAGGAAUUAAAAUUAAUUAGGCAAUACAACUGACAUGUUUUUUUAUUAUUUUAAUAUUUAGUGUUUUUCAUUCUUUAGAUACAAAUUUACUACUAAGUAAUUUACACUAGAAAUUGAUUAGGAAUGAGAGGAUUAAGUUUUUCUCAUCCAAUAUGACCAUAUAAAUGAUCGAUUAAGCAUUGACACAAAAACGAAUUUAAAAACAUGCUACAUUGAACGCAAAACAUAAUAUGUCGAUAUAGAACAAAACUUUGCGUCAUAUCAAUAAAUAUUUAUUUUGUAAUUUUGAAAGAAAUAAUGACUGUCUUCAUACAAAAACAAACUAUAUUUUAUUAAAACUAUUAACAUUUUGAAUCCGCCAUAAAUUUUUUUUUAUGCCCUCAUUUUUUAAUUAUUAUUUUAUAAAUGGGGCAUGCUGAUGCAUUUUUAUGCAAUAGAAAAAAUAUUUUAGAAAUUAUAUAUAUAUUCACUCCGUUUCCACAAUAUCAAUUAUUUUUAUAAUCUUGAUGUAAGUAUAUAAUUAAAAAUAUUUCAUGUUGCAAUAUAUUAUUUAUUAUAAUAUAACCAAAAAAAAAUUAAUUUAAGAUAAUAUCUAUUUUACUUAGAUAAUAUAUAUUUUCACAUCAUGUUGUGAAAAAGAAAAAAAUUAUAUAUAUUAUAUAUUUUAAAUAUACAUCAAUUUAGAGGAGAGUAGAUGAACUGCAAAAUAAUUUAUUCCCUAUUAUAUGUACAUACAUAUGUAUUAUUCUAUUUUAUAUUCUAUUUUAUAUGUAUAUACAUAUAAUAGGGCAAAAAUUAUUUUAUAGUCCAUCUCAUCUUUCCUCUAAAUUGAUUUAUAUUUGAAAUAGCCAGAUUCAAAAUGUUAACAAAAACUAAUGUAUUUUUCCAACUAUCACAAAUUUUGAUUACAUUUCGAUCAAAAUCUCCUGCGAAUGAUGCAUGAUGCUAUGAAAUGAGAUGAUUUGAGUUUAUUGCGUUUAUGAUAUGCUGUGAAUUUAUGCCAUUGUGAUACUAUUCUUAGUGCGAUCAUCUUGACUCGUUGCGUCUCGUGGAAAUUUUGACUGAUACUUCCUUUUUUCAUUUCGUUAAUAAUAAUAAUAAAAAAAAAAAAAAAAAAAAAAAAAAA